CAAUUAUUUAUUUUUAUACGUGGUUCGUGGCCCGUUUAGCUUUAAUUUAAAUGUUGUUUUAGCCUUUGCUGCGCCAAAAUGCAUGCAAAGCUGAGCGAAAUGGAGCUGCGCAUAGUGGCGCGACUGAACGAGGAGAUUGGGAAGGAUGCCAGCCAGCUGCAUCGGGCCAGUCACCUAGUCGCCCACUACAAGGAGCGCCUCCAAGUCUUGUCCCAAACGCUCGACUACGAGGAUGCCCAGAACGUGUCCUGCUACAAAUCCGCCUUCCAGUGCCAGCAACAGGUCUGCGAGAGCAUCGACUUUGAGCUGGAAAAGUUGGCCCAGUUCGGCGUCAAGCUGAGAAAGAAGCUCAGGGAGUGCCAGCCCGCCCUGGAGAGCGUCGCCGAGGAUGUGGCCAAUGUGCGGCAGCUGCAGCGCCUGACGCAGUAUCUGCGCCUCGUCCAGGACAUCCAGGAGAUCAGCGCCGCCCUGGGCAAUGCCAUCAACGGCAAGGAUGAGGCCAAGCUGGUCAAUAUCUAUCUAACCCUCUACGAGGGCAACGAUUGCGAGCACAGCGUGGUGGGACGUCUGCAGGCCGUCCAGGCGCACUCCUUAAUAUCCUUUGCCGAACGCACUGCCAUCUACUGGCAUAAGCUGCUCCUCAAGCGGCUUUCCAGCGAAUUCGAGGCUGUGCUGAAGAGCAUGCGCUGGGCGCAUCUGGAACAGCAGGCCCUCAACUAUUCACCCACGCGGGACACUGCCAAGGCCCAGCUGCUGGCCGAAUACAUGUUCCUCAUCAAAUCCCCGGCCGAAGAGCAUGCGCCGCUGCUUAGCAUCACGCCCAGCAUUGUGUGCCAGCCCAUCAACCAGGUGGUGCAGCUCCUGCUGGCGCCCUACCGCCAGCGAUUCACGUUUCACUUUACAGGGGCAAGGCAAACGAAUCGAUUGGACAAGCCCGAGUGGUUCUACACGCAGAUUCUCAACUGGGGCAAGGAGACGCACUUCUUUGUGGGCAAGACAUUCCAGCCAGCGGCCAUGAAGGCGGGCAAGCUGGACUACAAUUUAAGGCUGGAGUUUAUGCGAGGUCUGGUGCAGUUAACCAUUGAGAAACUAGCGGUGGACAUUGAACAGAUUGCCCAAGACGAGAUACUCUUUGCCCAUCUGCUGGACGAGACGCUGGCCUUUGAGUCCGAGCUUAGAGAGACAUUUGGUUAUCCGGCCAGUUUUCCCAGCGCCAUUUCCGUUAUCACUCAGCCCAUGUAUUUGCUUCGCUGGAUUUCUCUAGAAGAACGAUUUUGUGCGGAGAAAAUGGAUGAUAUUCUACAGGCAGAGACGCCGUUCCAGCUAAUUGAUCCCAACACUUUCGACGACGAUCUGAAAAUCCCCAGGUGUGCGGAUCAGUUUAUGCGACUGCUGGACGCCAUUAAGGAUCGCUACUAUGGGCUAAUUCAGCCUGGUCAUCAACUGCAGUUCCUGCAUCUGCAGCUGGAACUGAUCGACAGCUUUCGCCGGCGGUUGGUGCAGCUGCACAGCAGUGGAGCGGUUCCGAGCAUUCCCGUUCUGAACGCCAUCAACUAUUUGGUAAUGGUGCUGCGUGAAUGGGGCGAAAAUGUGCAUUAUUUACACCUGCAUGCGGCUCUCGCCGGUCCAAAUGCACCGGAAAUCAAUUCCGUGUUUGAGCAUGCUGUUUCUGAGCUGGAACACUGGUCGCGGCAACUCACACGCAAUCUGGCGACGAAGGCGACCAACGAGAUGAAGGCCAAAUCGAUGAGCUAUCGCCAUGACGCGUGGCCCACAAUGCCGGAGCAGAACUGCAGGGAACCCUUUAUCCUUUCGCCCAGUGGCGGUGAAAUGUUCCAGGUGCUCGUCACCUUGCUGCACAAUCUGGAGCGUGAGCUGUCCGCCAAUCUGUUCAACCAGACGCUGCGCUUGAUAGCCCAUCAAAUCGAUGAGUUCAUGCACGAGAGCAUGGUGAUGAACACGAAGUUCUCGCCUGCGGGGGCAGCGCAGUUCAAUUACGACAUGACGAGAAACUUAUUUGCGCUCUUCGGACAGUAUACACGUCGACCGGAGCUGCUCUUCAAGAGAAUACACGAUGCCAGCAAGCUGUUGACGGCAGCUAGAGGCACAGCUUUGUUGCUGCUGGAAACGCUGCGCAGUAAUCAAUCGGUGGAGGAGAAAACAAAACCUCUGCGGGAACUGCAUGUGCUCUGCCUGGAUAGCAAACAGUGCAUUGAGGUGCUGGAACGGCGGACGGACAUCAAGAUGUUUUAAACUUAGAUAAUUAUUUUGUUUUAAUUAUAAAUCUUCGCUUUUAUUGGGCCUUAGGAAUUUUUGCAAAUAUGUACAACGUUUAUACGCCGGCUUUUUGCGAAAUAAGAUCAUUUACAAUUGAACUGAAAGUUGAAAAGAAAA